AUGGCCAUGAACCCGAAUAUGGGCAUGGCCAACAUGAAUCCCAUGGGGGGCUCAGUCGGCGGUGCGCCAAUGCCCAUGAUGAACAAUGGUGUCGUCAACACCCAGGUCGCCGCCGCCGCCGCCGCCGCAAGACAGCAGCAAUUGAACGACAAUCAACGCGGCGUUCUGAACACCUAUAUCUACGAGUAUUUCAUCCGUUACGGCAUGUAUGACUGUGCCCGCGCACUAUUGUCGAGCGAGCAGCAGGUCAAUGUCCACAAGGAUGGUACCAAGGGUGCAAAUGCUGCCAACGGCGACGAUCCGAUGGAAACCGAUUCCAAAGACGACUUGGAUGCCAAACUUCCCGACGACCUGCCACCGCCAAAGCUUCCAAUGCCCGCGUCGGAUACUUCGUUUCUUUACGAAUGGUUCUGUCUUUUUUGGGACAUUUACAACGCCCAGCGUAUCAAGACUGGGAAUGGCACUGUCAAUCAAUAUGUCGCUCACACUCAGCAACAAUCUCGCUUGAAGCAGACCCAGCAGCAAGAGCUGCUCCGUCAGAUGCGUCCAGACUUGGCGGCACAGCAACAGUACCACAUGAUGAGAAUGUCGAAUGGAAACAUGAACAUGAACAUGAACAUCAAACAGAACAACCUCGCACGAGCUGCUAUGGCCAAUAAUCAGAAUAACCCACAAAUGAUGUUGCAACAAGCCAAGCAGAACCAGAUGCAGCGCGACCCAUCAGUCAUGGAUCCGAAUCGCGAUCGCCCCUCGUCACCUGCAUCCGGGGAAAACGCACCGUCACCUUCCAAGCGCGCUCGCAUAGACGGCGCCCCAUUCAACCCCAACCAACCGGGCGGUAUGAUUGCCAACGGACGACCUGUUCAAGGCAUGCCUGGACAGCAGAUGCCAAACGCUCCCAAUGUAGCUGCCGCACACCAGAUGCUGACUGCCAAUGGUAUCAACCCCAGCACUUUGAACCAGCAACAGCUCCAGCAUUUCAUCAACGCACCUCCGGCAGCUCAGCAAAAAUCGAUUGCUACCUACUCGCAAAAUUUGCAGCAACACCAUGGCUCGCAGAUGGGAACCAAGCAGGUACCAAACCCAGUCGGACCGCAGAAUCAAGGUUCUCCCAUGAUGCCGCAGGGCCCUGACGGGACGGCACUCAAUGCGUUCUAUAACCCCGAGGGCCAAAUGGCGGGUCCGGGGGGCAUCCGACCUGGCCCCGGUGGAGCUCAAGCGGCGGCUGGAAGCAACCAUGCCCUUCAGGACUAUCAAAUGCAGCUGAUGCUGCUGGAGCAGCAGAACAAGAAACGGCUCAUGAUGGCACGACAGGAGCAGGAUACCAUUAGCGGCAUGCCGCGCGACGGUGCUCCUGGUGCUCCUGGACAGCCUGGUCCCAACGGUCAAACAUAUCCCGAAGCCUCCCCCCAGGCCAUGCGAUCCGGGGCUUCCCCCAACCCCAACGAUCAGAUGAAGCGUGGUACACCUCAGAUGAACAAUUCCGGCAUUCCCUCUCCCGUUCCCGAUGGUGGACAUUCUCGGGACUCUCCGAACCCUGCCAUGAAUUUCAUGGGCAACCAGGUUGAUCCUAGCAUGGCCCCUCACUUCUUCAAAGCCGGAGUGGACGGCAACAUGGCUGCCGCCCAGGUACAGAUGAACGGCAUGCGGCCACCGAGCUCUCAUCCUGGGCAACCGUACAACGGCCAGAUGAACCCUCAACAGAUGAUGGCUCGUCAGAUGCAACAAGGCCAGGGGCAACCGGGCCCACAACCAGGAGGUCCAGGACAGCCAGGACAAUGGCAACAGGGUCCCAACGGCCAAGCACCCCAAGGCUUGCAGCAGAACCAGCAGGUACAAGGAACGCCGCAACAACGAUCGAUGCCACCACCAUCAGCACCUUCCGCUACUGUAAGCAAUGCCAACAGCCGGACUACAGCCUCUCCCCAGCAAGCGUCCGCUGCGCCUCCUACACCAAGCCAAUCAACGAAACCGGCACCAAAGAAGAAGGAAUCCAAGGCUGCUAAAGAAAAGCGUGCCGCUGCUGCGAAGAAAGCAGCAAGUCAGAAUACCAGUAACACAGGAGCUACCCCUGCUGGGGAGAACGCAGGCGAGGGCGAGGCAGCACCGGCGACGCCCAUGACUCCAGUCAACCCGGCUUUCCACAAGAACGCCCAGAACGGAGCUGCUGGCGGCAACGCGCAGGCCACCUCCAACGCCGUCGCGCCUUCUACAACAGCUCCUGCACCAGCUCCCCAAGCGGCUUCUGUACCACCUCCUCAGAACCCCGGAGAUCCAAAUCAGAAUGGAUUGAUGGACAACAAUUUCGGCAUGAUUGAAUUCCCCGGUAUAGAGCUUGCCAACCCCCUACAGUCAGGCGACGUUUUGAAUGAUUUUGAUUUCGACUCGUUCCUUCAUGACAAUGAUGGCGCCAACGAGCCUUUUGACUUCAACGGUACUUUUCCCGGCAUGGAAAACGGCGAAAUUGGAGCCGAAUAG